AUGGUGGGCUUGGGGAAAGGGGGACUGGGGACCCCCCCAGAGCCAUCUAGUUGCUCAGGAGUAAUGGAGUCCAAAAAGGAACAAACAGGGAAAAAUGUCAGUGUGGAAAAUGCCCACCAGGAAAAGGAAGGCCGGCAGCCUGGAGGAAAUGGCAGGCGAGGACGAAUUUGGCGACUUGCUCCUAAUUUUCGAUUGGGCACACCCAAUAGGGAAGAGGGAAAUGAUGCAGAAAGAUACACGGAGGAGAUGAAGGAAGUCAGGAGAAAGAUAAAAGAGCAGCAGCUGAAGCAUUAUAUGCGCUCCCAAAUUCCUGAACCUGACAACCAUGAAGAGUUUUGCCUUAUACCUUAA